UGUAAGAUAAACCACCACCCAAUGCUUCACGAAACCAAAAGAACUCCUACCGUGGAGAAAAAGUCUGAAAAUACAGCAAAUCAAGUUAACCACCAUGAUAGGAAUGAUAGUAGUGUGUAUUAUCAAAUCAUGCCGGUGGUAUUAUCAAAUGGAGAUAAAAGAGUUAGGGUUUUAGCUCUUUUAGAUCUCGGUUCAUCUACUAGUUUGUUGCUAGAUGAUGUAAGAAAAGAAUUGGCCAUAAAGGGCACUAAGAAACCCUUAGCUCUUUCAUGGACUGAUGGAAACGUACAAAACGAUGAGAACAGUCAAGAGAUUACAGUUAGUAUCGAAGGCUGUUAUGGAAAAACUUACGAGUUACGAAAAAUGCGUACUAUCAGUAGCAUGUCACUACCCGAACAGUCCUUAAAUAAGGACAAGAUGAUUAAACGUUAUCCGCAUCUGAAGGAUACAAAUUUGAAAAGUUAUGGAAAAGAAUGUCCAAAACUUUUAAUAGGCUUGCCACACUCGUUCGUUAUUCAAGGAUUAGAAUCAAGAGUAGGCAAAUUCAAUGAACCCAUUGCAAACAGAACCAGAUUAGGCUGGGUCUUGCAUGGCAAGGUAUCUGGGAAUAAUUCCAAUAAGAACUCCAAUGGGAGACAUACAGUCGCGUUGCACAAGGAAGUGCAGCAUCAUGAAACAUCCAUAAAUAAAAUGAAAAGUGUAUUCCUACCAAAAAGUAAUUUGUCGAAACCUCUAAUUGCAAGAAUUGAGGAAACAGAAAGCGUAAUUGAAGAAGCGCAUAACAAGAAUGGCCAUUGUGAAAUUGGUCUACAACACGAUGAUAAAGAAUUCAAAACGGAAAAUCCAACGAAGAGAAAUAUUUUAUCCACGAUUAUGAGAGUAUAUGAUCCAUUGGGAUUAAUUUCAAACAUUACAAUUCAAGGUAAAAUAUUUAUGCAAGAGUUGUGGAAGUUGGGGUUAGAAUGGGAUGAACCAAUUCCAGAAGAUUUGAAUGAGUCCUGGAAUCAUUGGUUAACUAAACUUUUAGCUACUAAAAAUAUCAAAUUUCCAAGACAACAAACUGAAGUAAAUCUAUCAGCAGCAAAAGCACGUGUUGCCCUCAACAAGAUGCUGUCCAUUCCACGUCUUGAAUUAUUAGCAGCAGUAUUAGGAACUCGAAUCGCGGAAAAUAUAAUGAAUGAACUAAGAUUGAAAAUCGACAGAACCAUAUAUUGGUCUGAUUCGAAGACAGUGCUAGCUUGGAUACAGUCUGAUGCUAGAUCAUAUAAUGUAUUCGUAGGAUUACGAAUUAGUGAAAUACUCGACUCUACAACCAUAUCUCAAUGGAGAUGGGUAGACACGAACAACAAUCCAGCAGAUGAAGCAACGAAGGUUGUAACAAAGGAAUCCAUUUGGAUGCAUGGUCCAAAUUUCCUAAAGUAUCAAGAAGAAAACUGGCCUGUAAAAGGAAAACGUUUUCAAACAAAUGAAGAAUUGAAGCCAGUUCAUAUCAUAAGGGAAUGCAAAAUUCCAAACUAUAGUUACAUUCAAAUAGAAUGGUGUUCCGAUUGGAGUCGUUUGAAACGAGCCAUCGGUGGUAUAAUGAAAAUGAUCGUUUCGAAAGCUAAGAAUAUGGCCUACGAAAAUACAUUGCUUAACAAAGAUUUCUGUGAAGCUGAAAUCGUUCUGAUUAAAAAGGCUCAGUGGGAUAAGUUCCCGAGCGAAAUGAAGUCAUUAACAUUUGAAUUGCCAAUUGAGAAAAAUAGUUCUCUUAGAGGUCUCACACCGUUCCUUGAUGAAAAGGGAGUGAUGAGGUCGAGAGGAAGAUUGGAAAAUGCUGACGUGCUAAACUACGCAGCUAAGUUUCCAAUUAUAUUACCGAAAGAUCACCAUGUUAGUAAACUCAUACUGAAAUAUUACCACGAGAAAUUCUACCAUUUGAAACUGGAUGCGUCAAUAGCAUCAGUUAGACAAAAGUACUGGAUAAUUGACAUUAGAGCAACAAUGAAGAAAGUAAAGAACGCAUGUCAAUUAUGCAAAAAUAGAUCGGCGCAACCUCAGCCACCCAUAAUGACUGCGCUUCCGUCAUACAGAACAAUUCCAUUUGUUAAACCGUUUACUUAUGCCGGAGUAGAUUACUUUGGGCCGGUAAAUGUCUCUAUAGGGAGACGAGUUGAAAAACGUUGGGGAGUAGUAUUUACUUGCCUAAUAACAAGAGCAGUUUAUUUGGAUCUGUCUCGUAAUCUGAGUACAGAUGCCUUUUUUAUCUGUUUGAAAAAUGUUCAAUCAAGACGAGGUAGAAUUAUGCAAUUGUACAGUGACAAUGGAACAAAUUGCAUUGGAGCAAAUAAUGAAAUCAAAAGAAUCCGUCAGAGAUUAGCAAGCGAAGGAAUUGAAUGGUUCUUCAAUCCACCUUCAGCGCCUCAUUUUGGAGGUGUUUGGGAAAGAAUGGUAAAAGAAGUCAAAAGUAUUUUAGCAUCGGUGCAAGAAACUAUGCCAGAAGAUGUUCUACGAGGCUUACUCAUUGAAAUUGAGUAUAUCAUAAAUAGCAGACCGUUGACUCAUAUUCCACUGGAGUCAGAAGACGACGAAGUUUUAACACCAUAUCACUUUCUGAUAAAUUGUUCCGGUGAUAUGGAACCAAUGUUAAAUGAUGUUUCAAAAGGCGAAGCUCUACGAGAGCAAUGGAAAAGGUCCAGCCAGUUGGCAAAUAACUACUGGAACCGAUGGAUAAAAGAGUAUUUACCCAGUCUUACAAAGAGACCAAAAUGGAAUCAAGAAAUGAAACCAAUUGAAGUUGGAGAUAUUGCUAUAACUCCUGAUGAAGAGAACAAAGGAAAGUGGAUCAAAUGUUUGGUAACCGACACAAGACCCGGAAAAGACGGGAUAGUAAGAUCAGUUAGAAUCAAAACAGCAUCAGGAAAGUAUUUGACAAGACCAGUCGUGAAAUUAGCCGUUCUCGACGUCAAGCGUAAACAAAGGAAUGCAUCAGAUGAUGAUGGCAAUAAGAAAAUCGAAAUGAAAGAUGAUAAGCAAAAUGAUGAUAAGUAUGGAAUGAUAAGAAGGUAUUCAGCAUAUAUAUAGUAAAAGCAAAUAAAUCAUAUUAUUUUUCCUAUAUUAAUUUCAUCUUUCAAGUAAUACAUAAAUGUAAGGAAAACAUAUUCAACAAUACCCAUAAGGAUAAGGAACAAUUUACUCAUGUAACAACUCCAACUAAAUUCAUAUUUGUGGUAAACCUACGGAUGUAGAUUUACGGGGUCCGGUGUAGCUGACGGUGUCAGAUUUAGUUGAAGUUGAAUUAACCGAAAUGUUUUCAGUUAUUAGAAAAAGCUUACUCGCGCUUCCUGUGACGCAACAAUCACGAAAAUCAAGAAAUUCCCAAGCGGUGUCGGGUAAUUUAGAAGAAAGAUUUAUUUUAUUACAUUUCCUGUAAGAAACACGAAAUCCAAGAAAACCACUAUCGACAGGAAAGGCAGCUAGGUUUCUAGGAACAUCAGAAAACCCUUUUCAGAAGUACAAAUCAGAAGGUUAAAAUUCAAACGAAGACAUAACCAUAUAUCCUGCAAGUUUAUCAGGUCCUAGAAUCAGAAACAUGAAAAGACGGUAUUGUCCGCACAGAGCUUGAGAACAAGCAUCCGAAGCAUGUUCGCGCACCUGAAUACAAAGUAGCACGUAUAGAGUGAAAGGGACGAUCGAGCAAACGGAUUAAUCGAUCAAAGCAGAGAGAAAGUAGAAAUUGAGCGAACGACGCCACUAGAAUAGAGAGGACAAAACAUAGA